AUGUCAUCAAUUUGUCUUAACAAUGAUUUGAUAAUGUGUGAAUUAGAAGUAAAACGAAGUGAAUUAGAUAAAGAAAUUGAUGCAAUAGAAGUUUAUCUUGUUCAUCUUGAAAAAUCUCUUCAAUCACUUCAAGAUAAUUUACAUAUAACUCUCGUUAGAGAAAAACGUUAUGAUAUUGAUUUAGUUUAUGAUGAUGUUUCAAAAGAUUUAGUUAUGGAAAUAUCAGCUAUUCAAGGUGCAAUUUCUUUAUUAACACGUACUAUCGAAUAG